CCAAGCUAAAACUUCUUUCCCUUUCCCCUCUUCUUUUCAAAAUGUCCUCUCUAGCACCAUCUGCUGCGAGGCAAGCUCUCAAGCUCGGCGCCAGGAGGUUUCCUUCCCAUGCCCUGCCCAGGAGCUCGUUGCGCGCCGCCACCGCACUGAGUGGCGACGCCCGCCGCACCUACGUCUCCGAGACCAAGGCCAACAAUGCCACCGUCAACGUCGACACGGCCAUCAAGGCCGACCAGAAGGCUUUCCUCAAGGAGACCGGCGUCAGGCCCAAGGAUGCCACCAUGCCCUCGACCGGCAUGAGCGCCGACGCCAUGAUGAGUCCCUCUGCCGGCAUCCUCAAGCAGGCCACCGUCAUGGACGCCGGCACGCGCCCCAUCUACCUCGACAUGCAGGCGACAACUCCCAUGGACCCCCGCGUCCUGGACGCCAUGCUUCCCUUCUUCACCGGCCUCUACGGCAACCCCCACUCGCGGACCCAUGCCUACGGCUGGGAGACGGAGAAGGCGGUCGAGCAGGCAAGAGCGCACAUCGCAGCUCUCAUCGGCGCGGACCCCAAGGAGAUCAUCUUCACCAGCGGGGCAACCGAGUCCAACAACAUGAGCAUCAAGGGCGUUGCGCGCUUCUUCAAGAGGUCCGGCAAGAAGAAGCACAUCAUCACCUGCCAGACCGAGCACAAGUGCGUUCUGGACAGCUGCAGGCAUCUGCAGGAUGAAGGCAUCGAGGUCACCUACCUCCCUGUCCAAUCAAACGGUCUCAUCAACCUCGAGGACCUGGAGAAGGCCAUCAGGCCCGAUACCGCGCUUGUCAGCAUCAUGACCGUCAACAACGAGAUUGGUGUUGUGCAGCCGAUAGAAGAGAUUGGGCGGAUUUGCCGCGCAAAGAAGAUCUUCCUCCACACUGACGGCGCUCAGGCUGUUGGCAAGAUUCCCAUCGAUGUCAACAAGAUGAACGUUGAUCUCAUGUCUAUUUCCGGACAUAAGAUCUACGGCCCCAAGGGAAUCGGUGCUUGCUACGUUCGGAGACGGCCAAGGGUCAGACUCGACCCCAUUAUCACUGGUGGUGGUCAGGAGCGCGGUCUCCGGAGUGGCACUAUUGCUCCUCCUCUCGUUAUUGGCUUUGGCGAGGCCGCGCGGAUCUGCAAGGAGGAGAUGGAGUACGACACCAAGCGUAUUACCGCUCUCUCUACGCGCCUCAGGGAUGGCCUCCUUGCCAUGGAGCACACCACCCUGAACGGUGACCCCACUCGUCAUUACCCGGGCUGUGUCAACGUCUCGUUUGCGUAUGUCGAGGGUGAGUCGCUUCUCAUGGCCCUGAAGGACAUUGCCCUGUCCUCCGGUUCUGCCUGUACUUCUGCAUCUCUUGAGCCCUCGUACGUCCUGCGCGCGCUAGGCAGCAGCGACGAGAGCGCGCACAGCAGUAUCCGCUUCGGCAUUGGCCGUUUCACGACCGACAGUGAAAUCGACUACGUCCUCGACGCGGUCAAGAACCGUGUCAACUUCCUGCGUGAGCUGUCGCCUCUCUGGGAGCUUGUGCAGGAGGGCAUCGACCUCAACACGAUCGAGUGGAGCCAGCAUUAAAUCUUCUUAACUGUGAAUAAUCCGGUAGUGCACCGUUUACUUGAGCUUACGAUUGGCGACUGGGGACGGCGUUUUGUGUGAAUAUCAGGGAGGGACUCUCGUUACGAGCGGAUUGGACAGUCAGUCGUGACGUAGCUUUGAGAGGGACUUAUGGGCCCUCAUUCUCAAAUACAUGACCAACCUUUUAUGAAACUUGUACCUUGGUGGUGCUUCGGGCGAGGGGAUAAAACAAAUAUAAAUACUGUACAGGAU